CUGGUGUUCAUCGUUAGUCAGUGCGCAGGUUGAUUUCCUUCCCGCAGUGUCCGGGGGGAGGAGCCAAACAAUAGAAUACCUCGGAGCUCGACAGCAGACAGAUGAAAUAGCUACUGUACUGAGUGGUUACUAAGUGACACACCAAAGCGAUACAUUGUGUCUGUCGACUCACUUGUUGUCAUUUUGAAUCCUCUGCAGAGAUGACCUCACUUAGCUAGUGUCCUGACCUCUCAGUCCCAGAGAGAGUCCCCAGCCAGGCUACCCUGCCGUGAAAGGACCAGUCAUUGGACAGUAUAGUGACAGUGUGCUGUGUCUACUAGCAUCAUGGCUGCCAGCCAGCAGAAAGGCACUGCAGUUCUGGAAAGUUCAGCAGAGGGAAAGAGAACGGAACUCAGGGCUAAUGAAGUACUGAAGAAAUGCUCAUGGGCCUCUUACAUGACCAACUCCCCCACUGUGAUUGUGAUGAUUGGUCUUCCUGCCAGAGGGAAAACCUACAUGUCCAAGAAGCUAACCCGCUACCUCAACUGGAUAGGAGUGCCAACCAAGGUAUUCAACCUGGGUGUCUACAGGCGAGAGGCUGUGAAAGCCUACAAGUCCUAUGACUUCUUCAGACACGACAACGAGGAGGCCAUGGAAAUCAGGAAGCAGUGUGCUCUGGUGGCUCUGCAGGACGUCAAAGCGUAUCUGACUGAAGAGGGGGGUCAAAUCGCUGUCUUUGAUGCCACAAACACCACCCGAGAGAGGAGAGAAUUACUCCUUAGUUUUGCAAAGGAACAUGCUUACAAGGUGUUUUUUGUGGAGUCAUUGUGUGACGACCCUGAUGUCAUUGCUGCUAAUAUUAUGGAUGUGAAGGUGUCCAGCCCAGACUACCCAGAAAGAGACAGAGAGAGUGUGAUGGAGGACUUCCUGAAGAGAAUAGAAUGUUAUAAAGUCAUGUACCAACCAUUAGACCCAGAUGAACACGACAAGGACCUGUCCUUCAUCCAGGUCAUCAACGUGGGCCGGAGCUUCCUGGUAAACAAGGUGCAGGACUACAUCCAGAGCAAGAUCGUGUACUACCUGAUGAACAUCCACGUGCACUCUCACUCUAUCUACCUGUGUCGGCACGGAGAGAGCGAACACAACGUGGAGGGACGCAUCGGGGGCGAUGGAAUGCUGUCUGUUCAAGGGAAAAAGUUUGCUGGAGCGCUGAAGGGUUUUGUGGAGCAGCAUGGUCUGACAGACCUCAAGGUGUGGACCAGCCAGCUGGGACGGACUAUCCAGACUGCUGAAGAGCUCGGGGUGCCCUACGAGCAGUGGAAGAUACUCAACGAGAUCGAUGCCGGUGUGUGUGAGGAGAUGACCUAUGAGAUGAUUGAGGAAACCUUCCCUGCGGAGUUUGCCUUAAGAGAUCAGGACAAGUACCACUACCGCUACCCAGGAGGAGAGUCCUACCAGGACCUGGUGCAGAGGUUAGAGCCGGUAAUCAUGGAGCUGGAAAGACAAGGCAACGUGCUGGUCAUCUGUCACCAGGCUGUCAUGCGCUGCCUGCUCGCUUACUUCCUGGAUAAGAGUGCUGAUGACCUGCCCUACUUGAAGUGUCCCCUCCACACAGUUCUAAAGCUCACCCCUGUGGCUUAUGGUUGUAAAGUGGACAUGUUUGACCUCAAAGUGGAGGCUGUGAACACUCACCGGGACAGGCCAGUAGAUAAAGUCUGUAAUGACGUCGUUCCCACCACAUUCCUCCGGAGGAACAGUUUCACCCCGCUGUCCAGUCACGACCAGGUGAAGCGACCGCGCCUCUACAGCGCCGGCAACCCACCUCAAUCUCGACGGCCCCUGGCCCCCUUUAUACCCAGCAUGCAGUCCUUCGAGGACCCUGAGGGAGCAGAGUUGACACGAAGCCAACUGGACAAGAUUGAAAUGGACAGUGACUGCGCACCGAGGAAGAGAGGCCACGGAUAGACAGAACAGAAACACUGCUUGACAUGUAUGAUGAAAUCCUGGUUGAGAAUGAAACGACUGAACAAAUGAACAACGAAACAGCACAGCAAGUAAGUGAAAGAAAUAGGUUUUGAUUAUGUUUUAUUGGUAAUGGGGACAUACGUAAAUGCCAACAAAAUAACUUUUUGGUCAAUGUGGUGCGUGUGUGUAACCUUUUAUUUAACUAGGUAAGUUGGAUAAGAACAAAUUCUUAUUUACAAUGACAGCCAAACCCAGACGAUGCUGGGCCAACUGUGAGCCGCCCUAUGGGACUCCCAAUCACGGUACAGUUAUGAUAGAUUGUGAUAUGACCUGGAUUCGAACCAGUGCCUUAGACCGCUGCAUCCGUGUGUGUUAACUAUUUAACUGUACUAGAAUGCUUAAAAGGACGCAACAUUUUUUAAAUAUUGAUUAUCGGCAUCAGUGUCGUGCAUCCCUAAAAAAAACAGCAAGUUGUGUCUUGUGAUUGACCUUACCCUUCUCUUUCUGAGCUCAAGUGUAGCAGAGACCAGUCAAAACAAAUUGUAUGAUGACGCUGCCCAGCCUUGGCACAGCUUAGCAUGUGAGAUAACACUGUCUCUCCCUCCUUCUGCCUCCUAAAGGAGUCUCUCAACUGCUUCAGCCCAGGGGACUCAGAAGAUGCUGUUCGCAGUUGAAGAGGACAGAGACUGGGGUCUCCACUCCCCAACAUCCUCUCUGCCAUCAGACCUGGGUUCAAAUACUAUUUUAAAUGUUUGUACAUAGCUUGAAUGUUUGCUUUAGCCUGCCAGGAGUGCCAGAUGGGCAGUGUUUGCACUUUGGGGGCUUUUCUAUUGAUUUCAUUUCAACAUGCAAGCACAGCUGAAGUAUUUGACAUGAUUUCAAAUAGUAUUUCAACACAGGUGCCCUCUGUAUGUACCUACUGUAGUCCCUCCACUCCAGGAGGAAUCAUCACCUAAUGCUCAGGCCUGCUACAUACCAUGCCAGCCUUACCAGUUUGAUUGUCAAGCAGUGGUUCAAGCACAACACCUCGGCCACAAAUGGUCACACCGUGUGGUUGUUGUAGUGGCCAGAAUCUUUUCUACAGCUGAUUAGUUUCUGUUGACAUCUGUUAGAUAGAUAUUGUGGUUGUGUGAGGGUGAAGAGCGAGAUGAUUUGAGAAAAACAUGGCCUUGCUUGCACACACUUAUCAACAUUCAAAUUUGAAUUUACUCUAAACAGAACUUUGGGAUGUUUAAAUAGAGGAUAUCUUUGAGGAAAUUUGUCUUAGUGUAAAAUAAAUUGUAUAAAUCUACUAAGUCCCUUAUGGAAGGGGUUGCCACAUGGUAACACUGAACAUUUUAUAAAAAACAAAGCACUUACUACAAACACUGUCUUAUCCUUUGUCUAUAAUGUACAAUUACUUAAGCUCUUAUGAAUAAUAUAUGUACCUCUUAAAUUGGAUAGUUGAAUAUCAUCGUUUUUGAACAGCCUUGUGACCAACUUUGUUAUUCCUCCAUUAGGCUGAAAGACCACCAUACAGGAUUUAACAUUUCAGCUCAGGGAUUCAUGUUAUUGGUUAGUCACAUGUUACUGUCACAGGUUACAUUUCUGUGUGUGUAUAGUUCACAUUUUACUCUGCAAUUCGGUUACAUAUUUAUCGUCAUGUUAUGAAAUACCAAUUUAUUUGCAUUAUAGAUGCAUCCAAUACACGUCUUCAGCUAAAAUGGCAACUACUACUGUAGUUCCAGUUAAUGCCAGCAUUUAUUCUUCAAUUUGUUAAAAGGACAUUGUGUUUUUACUUUUCCUAACGUUAUCUGCAUGAUUUUGAAUUCUGGAAAAGCACAGCAUAAGGAAAGAAGUAGGUAGGUAGGUAGGUACGUUCAUACUUAAACUUCACUGAUCUUGCCCAGCUAUGUGUAUCUUAUUGUUAAUUACUGCUAUAAUUAUAUAUGUUAAAUGUGCUGCUGCUCUAAAGUGCCUCUGACUGUGUUUAGUAGCAUUACUUUUGUAGCUCUUGCAAGGCUAUGUUAUUAUAUAAAUAGGCAGAAUACCGUAGCCUGUAAGACUACAGUAUACUGAUCUGUAUACUAGCACUAUGCUGUAAAAUGAUUUAAAUCACUGGAAUAUUAGUCAUGAGUGUAAACGAUUCAAUAAAUGAAUGUAUCUGUC